UUUACAUCUUCAAGUCUUACACUCUCAAAAAUCUCAAAUGGCUUCUAUUUUCAACAUUCUUUUCCUCACUCUCUUCCUUGCCCUAGCUUUCCAAGUUGAUAUUGUAGCUUAUGGACAGCCUUGUGCUUUGAGUGCCAUUGAGGUUAAACAAACCAAAACAUCACGCUCAGCGUGGAAUGUUACCGUGACCAACAACUGUAUUUGUACUCAAUCACAAGUGAAGUUCAAUGUCAAUGGAUUUAAAUCAAGCACACCUGUUGAUCCAGCAAUAUUUAGCCAAGAUGGACUUCUCAUUCAAGGAGCACCACUUUAUGGAUUUAAAUCUGUCUCCUUCACUUAUUCUUCUGAUUCCCAAUUUGCGUUUACACCAAUUUCUUCCCAAGUUGCAUGUUCUUAGAUGUUAGAACUAUAUGAUAAUGUUAAACAAAAAUAAAGUAGUUACGGAUUGUAGAAGUUUUGAAACCACUAAGAGGUGUUAUAUUAGAUUGUAAUA